CCCGGAAGCGGAGCGGCCCACGUGGGCGCCGGGCGGUGGGCGGCCCUGAUGUGGCUGUCCAGUUUCGGGUAAUCUGGGAGCCGCGGAGCCGGUGUCGCGGCUGUUCGUUCCUGUCUGAGCGAGUGUAGUUAGGGCGGCCGUCGGGGUCCCCUUUAGCCCUGUGUUGGGUGCCUGGAAGCGGGCCCCGGCGGUGGUGACUGCUCCCGGGACGCAGCAAGGGACAUCAGGUCCCCAGCGCAGCCCCACCAUGAGGUUGCUUGCGUUUGUCGGGGGCGCGACCUGGUGUUGCUCCGGUCGCCUCGUCUGUCAUCUCUCCCAGGCGGUGCGGCCCGGCGGGGAGGAGCUAAGCCGCCUGCGGCUCGACGACCUGGCGGUAGGCCGGCGGUCUGCUGGGAGACUGGAACUCCUGUUUGGCCUGUCUCCGUGUCUCCUGGCCCUGCGGGCCGCCCGCCGUCGUGUGGCCCGGCUCCUGCUCCAGGCCGGCAGGGCUGGGCUGCAGGGGGAGCGGGCCGAGUUGCUCCGGGCGGCGGAGGAGCGGGGCAUCCCAGUUGUGCGGCCCCGACGGCAGAAACUGGACGCCCUUAGCCGCCACCAGGUCCACCAGGGCGUGUGCAUGGAGGUGAGCCCGCUGCGCCUCCGGCCCUGGACUGAGUCCGGGGAGGCAAGGCCAGGCGACGACGCUCAGCAGCUAUGGCUCGUUCUGGAGGGGCUCCAGGAUCCCCGGAAUCUUGGGGCGGUGCUGCGCUCUGCUCACUUCCUCGGAGUGGAUAAGAUCAUCAUUAGCCGGAGAAACAGCUGCCCGCUCACCCCAGUAGUCAGCAAGGCCAGCGCGGGGGCUGUGGAGGUGAUGGAUGUAUUCUCCACUGAUGACCUGACCGGUUUUAUGCAGGCGAAGGCCCGGCAGGGCUGGCUGGUGGCUGGCACAGUGGGGUGCCCGGGGCCUGAGAUUCCUCACUCCUCCCAGAUCCCUGUCAUUAGCUGCUUGGAGUUCCUUUGGGACCGGCCCACUCUCCUGGUGUUAGGGAAUGAGGGCUCAGGCCUGUCCCAAGAGGUGCAGGCCUCCUGCCAGCUUCUCCUCACCAUCCUGCCCCGGCGGCAGCUGCCUCCUGGACUCGAGUCCUUGAACGUCUCCGUGGCUGCAGACCCUGUGGCUACAUGUUCGCCAGCCCCUGUGCCUAUGUGAAUCAGGAGAAGCCUACAGCCUGACCCAUGUUCCAGCCUCUACAACCAUGUGAGCUGACCAAAAAACCAAACCUGCUGCUGUCAAGUCGAUUCCAACUCACAGCGACCCCAGACAGAGUAGAACAGCCCUAUAGGGUUUCCAAGGAGCAGCUGGUGGAUUCCAACUGCUGCCCUUUCCUUUAGCAGCUGAGCUCUCUUAGCCACUGUGCCACCAGUGUUCCUGUAUAUAUCUAUAUAUAUAUUUAUACACUUUACUGGUUUUGUUUCUCUAGAGAACCCAGCUUGACACAACUCUUCCUAGCUGGAUGACCUAAGGCUAGUCCCUUAUGCUCGAGGAUAUUCAGUUGCCUCUUCUGCAAUGUAGGGAUGCCAUAUGUCACAGAGAGUAGUACCAAAACCAAAAAACCAAACCCACUGCCGUCAAGUUGAUAUGGACUCUUGGUGAUCCCAUGUGUUACAAAGUAGAACGGCUCCAGAGGAUUUUCUUGGUUGUAAUCUUUACAGAAGGAGCCUUAAUUGUUCAGUGGCUGCGUGUUUGGCUGCUAACUGGAAGGCCAGUGGUUCAAACCCACCAGCAGCUCCUCAGGAGAAAGAUGUGACAGUCUACUUCUGUAAAGAUCACAGCCUUGGAAACCCUAUGGGGCAGCUCUACUGUGUCCUCUAAGGUCAUUAUGAAUCAAAAUUGAUUCAAUGGCAGUGGAUUUAAUCUUUAUGGAAGCAUAUAUUGCCAGACAUUUCAUCCGCAGCACCACUGGAUGGGUUCAAACCACCAACCAUUUGGUUAACAGCUGAGUGCAAACCAUUUGUGCCACCCAGGGACCUGCACAGGGCUUGACAAAUUGUAAACUGUCAGUAAUUGGCAGCCAUUAUUGCUGUUAUUUUACAGUCAAAACAACUGCUCUGAGGAUUAUCAGGAGAGGGCAGGAGCUUAAUUAGCCAGCUAGGGUGGGUAGAGGGGGAGCGGGGGCCAGAAGUCCAAAGACUUUCAGAGACACAGAAAGGAUGACUGCUCUGUCCCCAGUUAAUAUUCCCAGCUUCUUUCCCAGAUUGGGAAAGGGAGUGGGGCUGGUCAUUGAAUUAGUGCCAAGAGAUUUGUACCUUGGGCUCUGCAAAGGCUCCUUCUAAGCAAGGUUCCUCUCCACUACACUCCAAAAAGGCUCUUAUGGACGUGCCUGUCCUCCACCUGCCCCAGGCCCUCUCGGUCACAAUAUUCCAUUUCAGAGGACACCCUUCACCAGCUGUGGGGCCCUCCCCGCCUGCUCCUUGGCUGGCUGAACUUGGCCCCUUCCGCUUCCCCCGGAGAUCUCUGCAACCCCCCUCUGCCUCUCUGGCUUGUGACUGCUUUUUCCCCCUGAGGUUUGCAGCUGUCAGAAGGGAGACUCCAUGAAAAGGGGUACUUUCUGUGGUUUAUCUGCAACCUCCAAAAAAUAAAUUUCAUGAACUGAACAACUAGUUUCCUUUAAAAAGAACUCAAGGUCAGGGAGUGAGGGAGGUAGCAAGGAGUCUUACAGGCCCCCUGCCCCCUACAACUAAGUGAAGUCCAUCGGCUCCCCUAGGCCUCUGUGAAUACUUAAGCCCCUCCUACCCUCUAGUCUCCCCUCCCCCUUUAGCUGUUGUUGAGUCAAUUUCGACUCAUAACAAUCCUAUAGGACAGAGUAGAACUGCCCCAUAGGGUUUCAAAGCUGUAAUCUUAACGGAAGAGGAUUGCCACGUUGCUCUCCCUCGAACUGGCUAGUGGGUUGGAAACGCUGACCUUUUGGUUAGCAGCCAAGUACUUAACCACUGCACCACCAGGACCCCUUACCCUGUAGCCUACCAGGCAGGAAUUAGCCUUACUCAGUUUUGUCUCCCAGCUCAGGGCCAGGCACAUACCGGUGUUGAAUAACCCUUGACUGAAGGAGUCCUGAGGUUGGGGACUAACAGCCUAGGGGGACAUCCUCUCCCUGUAGGGGCAAAUUCCUCAGAACCUUUCCAGCCAGUCCUGACCUUCCACUUUUAGGCAGCUUCAGAGGAGGCCCGUGGCAAAUGGCCUCCCAGCCAGAGGGAAAUGUGGACUGGGUUACUUGUUUGCAGCUUUCGAUUCCCUGGAACCAGGGAGGUAAUUGAGGGUCAGGGGUCUGCUCUGUAGACUCCUUUGCACCCUCAGCUCUGCUCACCCUCCCUCCCCCAUCCAGGCUUGGCAUAGCCAGCUGGCCCCUUCUAUAGAUGGAGGACCCAUUGAGGGUCAGGUACUGUGCAAGGGGCUGGAUCUUAUGUAAGGGAUACAGCAGUGAGAGUGUCAGCCAAGGCCCCUGCCCUUGUGGAGCUUACUUUCUAGAGGAGGAAGACAGAGCCUCAGGACUGACACACACACUCACAACAUACCUUUGUGGGGGUAGGAUCUGGAAGACGUGUGUUUGGAGCAGGACGAAGAGCAACGUGUUGAUGAUGCUGACAUUUAUUAUGUACUUACCAUGUGCUAACAGUUUCACAGGUAUUAUCUCAUUUACUUUUUAAAAUGAUGCUUCAGGGCAGGUACAGAUAGGAACCUGAGGCUCAGAGGGAUUCAGGCCAUGUUGUGGCAAUCAGAAGGGCUUGGGAGGGAGGAAAGAUGGUAGGGAGCAGGGGUUUGGAAGAAGAGACCCUCCAGCUGAGCGCUAGCUAGGAGGCCUGGUGCUGAAGCCAAGUCAGAUCUGCACACACCCACCCACACGUGCACACCCUCCCCUGUGCAGCACCCGCACUUCAUCCCUCUACUUCUACAUCCCUCCCUAAACUCUUGACCAUCCCAAACUCUAAGUGGGGCAUCCCAGCGGAGGGGUGUGGGGGUACCUCCACCCAACUUCCUGCUCUGCUAUGGGUCGUAUGCCCAGGCUGGGAGGGACCCAGCAUGGGCCAGAGAUGACAGCAGGGGCUACUGUGGGAUGCUUCAAAGAGCCCAGACUCCCAGACUUGGGUUCAAAUUCUGACUCUGCUCCCAAGUUGAAAGUCUCAGGUCUUGGACAAGUCUCUUAACCUCUGAGCUUCAGGUUCCUCCUGUAAAAUGGUGUCAAUAACUGCUUUCUCUCAGGGUCAUGCGGGGGCUUGAAAUAAGAUGCCCUUGGCACAUAGUAGGCCCUCAGCAACUCUCUGUGGCCUGUCUCUUCCCUCUCUCUUCCUCAGGGGCUUUGUGUCUGCCUCCUUUCUCUUCCUAUGUUGGGCUGUGGGUCUCCUCUCCCUCUCAUCUCAGGCUUUGUGUUCUGAUGAUCUCAGGCCUGUCUGCCUGCCUUGGCCAGGUCUCUGGGGCUGCCUGCUGCUGCUCCCCUUUCUGGAGCUGUGUCUUCACAUCCCUCCUCUGCUCUGUGCCCCUCUCCUGGCUCCUGAUAUCUCAGGGGCUGAUCGAUGGCGGCUGCUGGUUAUUGAUUGAGUGGGCGUUCAAGUGUGGCUGCUGCAGGCGGGUAUUGAACAGAAUUGGUGCCCAGGCCGGGUGGAGUGGCAGUCGGGGAGCCUGGGGCUGCAGGGUGAGAAGGGCCCCCUCUCCCCACCUAAUGGGAAUGCGAAUCCUUAAAGCCACAGACCCCCUGGGGAUGGAAGUGGAGGAUAGGGCUGAGCGCUUCUGAGAACAGGAGAUGGCCAAGGCUUAGGUCACGCCAUUGUUCAACAGAUAUUUAUUGAGUUCCUACUAUGUACCAGCCAGGCAUACUGCAGUGCAAUGGUAAAGUGUUUGGCUGCUAACUGAAAGGUUGGCAGUUCAAACCCUCCAGCCACAGCUGCAGUACAGGAGAAAAGACCUGACAAUCUGCUCCCAUAAAGAUUACAGCCUAAGAAACCCUAUGGGGUAGCUCUAAUCUGUCCUAUAGGGUCACUAUGAGUUGGAAUCGACUCCAUGGCACACAACAACAUAGAACUGUGCAACACUGAGUGACCCCUAAUGUAAACUGUGUCCUUUAGUUAAUAAUCACGCAUCAAUAUUGGUUCAUCAAUUGUAACAAGUGUUACAAUUGAUUUCUUAUAUGAUUCUGUAAGGAAGGAGGGGCGUAAAGUUUCAGUAGGUGAGGUGGGUGGGCAGGACUGCAGCUGACAGCUGUCCCCUUCUCUGUGCCUGGGGAAGUCUUGUGCUUCGGGGCCUAGCCAUGGAGGAGAGUCUGCUGAGCUCCAGGUCACCCCAAGCCCUGGCCCAGCUGCCUGUGGAUUAGAGACCUCGUUGGGAAGAGAGAGAGAGGGGAGAUGAAAAUACGUGGGCUUCUUCAUUACUUGCCGGGGGCUGCUUGCGGAGAGAAUGUAGCAAACAGAUUUUUGAGCCUGGCAGACCUGGGUUCAGGUGUUAACUCCUCCACUCACCAGCUGUGUGGUUUGGGGCAAUUUCUUUAACUUCCCUGAUUUUCUUUUUCCUUGUCUAGCAAGGGACCAGGAGUCCCUGGGUGGGACAAAAGAGUUAACAUCCUUGGCUGCUAACGAAAAGUUUAGAGGUUCGUGUCUACCCAGAGGUGCCUUGGAAGAAAGCCCUGGCAAUCUAAUUCUGAAAAAUCAGCCACCGAAAACCCUAGGGAGCCCAGUCCUCUUCUUACACACAUAGGGUCACCAUGAGUCGGAAUCGACUCCAUGGCAACUGGUUAGCAAGGGACGGUUGUCUCUCUUGCAGGGUUUUCAGCAGAAUGACAAUAACAGAUGCCUGGCACCUAGCAGGUGCUCAGGAACUGUAGUGAUCAGAAUUAGCUCCCUGGCAAUUGCCUCUCACCACCCUCUGAAGCCAAUGACCCCAAGAGGGUCCUUUCCCUGAGCAAACCCUGGGUGACUCCUGCUCAUUGCUCUUGGCCCCUUCCAGCCCCUCUGACCUGGUUGGACCUCAGCCAUUCAUCUCUUUCUGAGGACUGAGAGUCCAGACUCCUGGAUCGAGAACCCAGUCCAGCCUCUGUAGACACUCAAGCGCCUUACUGGGUCUGGUGGGUGGGGCUGGAUGUCAGCCUGAUGUCUUGUCCCUUGUUUGUCUCUACCGGUCCCUGCGCUGCUGACCCUGGAGCUUCCUCAUUCCUGGUUGCUCAGCCCCUUCCUGCCCUGCAUCCCACACCCUGGUUCAUCUUCUUGAACAUUGCAGCCAGAGAACCCCCACCCAGCCCUGGCUCAGCCCAGCCCAGCCCAGCCCAGCCUAUUGUGGAGGAAAAUCAAAUUUCAUUAAAGGCCAUUGAUUUUCUUCCAAAUUUGCUAUGAAUACACUUUGAAACUCCCACCUUCACCCCACAACCACCACUGCAGCUUUGCCAGGGAAAUAGAGAGCUGACUGGGGCUGGCAGGCAGUGGUGGGCAAGGGGGGCCAGGGGAACUGUCUGCCCCUGGCAGGGACCGAAGCCCUCAGCCUGCUCUGGCCCUUCAGCAUGGCAAGACCGUAGAUAUUCUGCUGGUUUCUGAGGGAGUGAGUAUUUUCCUUUCUGGCUGCCCCCAUCUUCAGGGCUUGGGCAGAGGGGUGUGUGUGUGUCUGUCUUUUGAGUGUCAGUUUUGUGUUUACAUGAGUCUGUGUAGUGUCUGGGUGAGUCGUGUUUCUGCAUGUCUUUGUGUGUGUUUACAUAUGUGGCUCUGCAUUUGAGUGGUGUGUAUGUGUGUGUCUCUGUAUCUCUGUAUUUGUGUGUGUAAGUAUAUCUAUGCACUGGUCCAUGGGUGUCUGCGUGUAUGUAUAUGUCUGUAUCUGUGUGUGUAAGCGUGUCUAUAUGUGUGGCUUUGUGUUUGUCUAGGGGUAUCUGUGGUGUGUCUCCGUGUGUAUGUAUGUCUCUAUCUGUGUGCGUGUGUCUGUACAUGUGACUGAGUUUGUGGGUGUCUGGUGUGUCUGUGAGUGUAAGUGUGUCUACAUGUGUGUCAGUGUGUCUGUGUGAAUGCAGGGAGAGGUGGGGACAUGGCCAGCACUUGAACUCUGGUUGCUCUGCUGCCAAUAAACAGCCAGCUUGGGGAAGGGGCUUGACUUGGGAUACACACAAGAUAUGGUUCUCCUCCAGGGGCCAAGGGCUGGGGAGGGCUCUGAAACGGGCACAGGCUUUCUGCCACCUCCCACCUGCUCCUGCUCCUAUGUCAUCUUGGCAAUGGGACACCCUACUGACUUUGUCGAGGUGUUGGGUUUGGGGUUUUGGAAGCUUGUAGAAAAGAUUCCAAAAUCUGAUGGGGUGGGUGUGGGGGAAAGCAUGAAUUCCUUUCCUGUCCCCAGUCUGAAACAAGAGUCCCAGGUGGGUAUGUUUAGAGUUUUAUGAACAUAAGUGCUGACCUUGUGAGCCUGAGGAGACCAAGUAAAGAGAGAGGAGUGGCAGUGAGUAGUGCCUUGGAGGGGAUAGUAUUGUGGAGGGAGGGGGUGGGGGGUACUAGUGUCUGCCUGGGCUAUGUUCCUGGGGUAAAUGUCAAACAUCGAGUCAGUCUUAAUGAGAAAAAAGUCACAAAGAGGGAUCUUUUGGCCUUUAUGGUGUGGGGAGGCUUACAGCCUUACUGUAAGCAGAUCCACCUGCCUCUAGCUCACUUACCAGGGCUGGAGGCUGGCGUUGUGCCCUUCAAAGCCUUGGGACACUGCUGAGAUGUCCCGUGCCCCAGGGGUCUGUCUUCAUGGGGUCUCUUACAAAUUUGGGGGUGAAGGGUGUGCCCUCGGUGAAGCCUCCCUUACCAGCUCCUGCCCUAGCCUUGCAUAGGCCCAUCAUGUAAGUUCAUGCAUGUGCUUGAGUGUUCUCCCUGUGGCCUCUGCUGGGGAGCUGGAAGUGGCUCUCCGUGUUCCGGGGACAGGCCAGAUUUAUGGCCCUGGGAGAAAUAUUUAGGCCUGAGACAGUGUGGUUGUGUUAAUUAUGGAAAUCUAAAGAUAAUCUAUAUUUAAUGCUGAAUUUUGUCAAAUUUGCUAAAGAAUUAGGGGAGCGUGUGCAAACAGUGACACUUCAAUGAAGAACAAGGUGCAAUUAAACUCUGAAAUUUACAGUGGAAUAAUUGGAGAGCAUGACAAAUAUAGUUAUCAGCAGCAACUAAUUAGGGGUCUGUUCGAGGUUUCUGGGCUUGAUUAAUCUCGCCUGGAUGCUAAUAAGUUAUGUGGGCCUGUGAUAUAGGUUUUUUGCCUCCCUCUUUCCACCGUCUCUCUGAGAGCUUGGGGGGUGGGAUGUACACAUCCCUGUGUACAGCCUGGCCUGAAGGGGAGGAUGGGGGUGCUACAGCUCUAAUGCUGAUACUUCCCCCACCCCAACUAAGGAUGGCUUGAACACCUUGAGCCACGCCCCCCUUAGGUAUUCUGGGGUCUUGCUGCUCAGUAAGUUCUUGGUGUUUCACUUGAGGCUCGUUGGGAUUGGAGAGAGAGGACUGGAGGCUGAGUUUUAGGGUCUAAUUGAGCCUCAAAACCAGAAUCGUUGCCUUCGAGUUGGUUCUGACUCAUAGUGACCCUAUAAGACAGAGUAGAACUGCCCCAUAGGGUUUCCAAGGCUUUAAUCUUUACAGAAGCAGACUCACAUCUUUCUCCCUCGGAGCUACUGGUGAGUUUGAACCAUUGACCUUUCAGUUAGCAGCUGAGUGCUUAACCACUGUACCACCAGGGCUCCUUAGCUGAGCUUCAGUGGGCCAAAUUUGUUCCCUUGAUGUUGGCUUAGCUCAGUCUGACUCCCACCUCCAAUUCCCACUUCAUGCCUUGCAGGAAGGGGUGUUGAAAGCCCCCCCACUCUGACCUCCAAAAGAUACCCCACACACCCUUCCUUGGCCAGACAUUUUCCUCCCUCCUUCCCUCCCAAUCCUCUGCUAAUCUUUCCUGCUGCUGAUUAUAGCCAAGCCUUAGAUCCACAGAUUAAAGUUUAGGUUGAAACUGACGCUAUUACCAGUGAGCCAAGAGCAUUUGGACCAUGUGGCUUGAGCUGAAAAACUAGUACCAUCCCCUCCCUGUCUCUGUCUCUCACCCUGUCUCUGAUUCUGUCUUGUGUUUUCACUAACCUCCUCCCCAUCCCAGGCCUGCAGUCCUUGUCACCCUUCAGGAGCCCACCCUGGGUGGGGAGCUCUAUGUGACUAGCUAGGGGGAGGGAGUGACUCCACAAGGACUCUCCCCACUACGCCCACCCUGUCCUCAGAAGUCCCCCUGCUGGGUCUCCCCACCUGAGUCCCCCAAGGAAGAAGGUGGGGUCUGCCAACUCUAUGAACCCUAUCCUGAGCAGCCCCUUGCCAUGUCCUGCUUUGCUCAAUGUCAUCUGGCCACCGGACAGAGACUGGCAAUCUCAUAUGAGGUUAAUGAGUCUAAAGUGGGAAGUUGGAUGAGGUGCUUCUUUGUGAAUGUCUUCGAUACCCCAGAUCUCUCAAAGCACGAGUGUGUGUGUGGCGAGAGGCUGGGGACCCUGCUGUAGGUGGUGGAGAGGACUGCUGGGUGGGGUCCUGGAGAGGGACAGGGCACUCCAGAAUGCCUCCCUGUGGCAUCUGGGCCAGAGUGGUCCUCCUUCUAAGAGGAGGUUGGGGUGGAGGUUGCUUCAGUUUCUCUUCUGCCUCCAGGGAAGAGCUUUGGAGCUGGACAGACCUGGGGGCCCUGGGUUAUUCCUGUGUUGUUUCUUCCUUGUGGCACAGGGAUCAUUACUUCAGGGUCCUUGUCCUCCAGGGUCACCAGGACCUCAGGUUAAGGGCCAGGCCCUGAAUAGGCCCCCAGAGUAUGGGGGUCCCUCCCUACUCCUUACUACCUCUCAACCCCCUCCAUCUCUCAGCGCCCUUGCGUACCUUUUUAACCAAUGUUUGGGCCAUGUGACAGGAAGGAAGUUGGGGGCAGGAGCCAUAGCCUAGAUCUCCCCCUCUCCUCACGCCAACCUGCCUUCAGCAGAGAAUGGACCCAGCUUGGGGCUUGGUGUGCAGUGGUAAGGAAAAGGGCUUCAUAAAGUCUCAGUCAGCCCACAAGCCGCCCAGGUGUUGCUGUUAAUGAUCAGCAAUGUGCCGGGAUGAGGAGCCGUUACAGCGGCCAUUGCCUCCAGUAUCUCCCCGCUCAAACAAUAUGCCUGAAAUGUGAAUCAGAUCACACCAUGCCCCUGCUCAGAAACCUUUGAUGGCUCCCCAUUGCCUCCAGAAUAAAGUAGACUUCUUAGCCUCAUGGUCUAAGUUGUCCACAGUCUGCUCCAAUCUGGUCCCUACUUCCUCUUGGGCCUCUCAAAGCCCCUUUGCUCUACCCACAAAACAACGCCCUGUUCCCAUAUUGCGUCAGUACCCAAGAGUCUGCAGGCUUUUAUUGGAGUAGUUUUCACCGCCAGGAGUGCCUUUCCGCCUGCUCCCAUUCCCACAUCCACCUUACCCUCUGGGAAGCCCAGCUCAAGUCUCACUACCUCCCAAAGACUUCCCAGUGCCUCCCCACCCCCAUCUGAUUCCCUCUGGCUGCACUGUGGUCCCCUGUGUCUGUGUCAGACUCCUCCACGAGAGGGUGAUAGACACUGUGGGGACAAAGUGGAAAUCAGGAUUGGCUGCAUCCCUCCUGUGGCCUGCCUCUCCACUGUGCUGGCUCUGGACUUCCAGCCUGGUGUCCUCACCGCUGGACUUCAGAGCUGGAGGGCAUGUUUUGUCCUCUUCUCUGCAAAGCUGAGACACUUUGAGAUUUGGGUGAAAAUUACAGAACUAACCUCUUAACAUUUGUACAGUGCAAUGAGUUUACGCAGCACCAGUGAUGUCCUCGAGGUCUCCAGAGCAGGGCUUAAUCGGUUCAUUUUAUAGAUAGGAAAACAUGUCUUGAUCAUUGCUGUAUUCUACAAGGCCUGGCAAGCCACCGGAGCAGAAUGCAUUGGAUAAACCGAGGCUCAGAGAGAGCAAAUUUGCUGAGGGGGACAGGAUUCCAACCCAGGACUCUCUGACUUCCCGGUUAGCAUUUUUCCUCCACACUGGUGUUUUUGAUCAUGCAAGAGCUUGUUCUAACCCCUCCCUGUCAUUGUCACAGCCCCUGGCUCUGAGGAAGCUGUAGAUAGGGCCUCAGGCUUAGGACCCGAGCCCUAAGUCCCCAUGUACAGUUUCUGGGGACAGGUCACUAACCCCUCUGAGCACAGCUUUGUGUAAAAUGGUCAGGCAGUGGCUUGUUCAUCUGCACAGGGUUAUUGUGGGAUGAAAUGAGAGGAUGGAUGCAGAACCCCUUCUUGGCUAUGAUGGACCCCCUGCAGACCUGGGCCCCAAAGGCUUUUAGCCUGUCUCUUGGGAUCUGGGAGGGAGAAUACAAACAUCUGAAUGUCUCAUUCAACUCCUCUUUGGGGGAAGAAGAGAGAUCUGGGGGUCUCCCUCAGGCGUCUCCAGCCCUUGCAGCUGCUAAAAGUGAUCUGGCUCCGUUGCCAUGGCAACGAGGGCCAGCCGCCCUGCAGGGCCAUUCCCCAUGCCAGCCGCCAUUGACCUCACUUAGGAUGAUUACCUUUUGGCAAAUAAAAUAAUCAUGUUAAUAAAGAAGCUGUUUGUCCCUUUGUCCCCCACCCUGCUUGGCCUGUUUCCCAUCCCCACCUGGGGGAAAGAAAGGCUUCCCCCACCCUUCUAUCCCUGGCCUGUGGUAUGCCUUACUCUUCAUUGUCAACUGAGACUGAAUGGUUUUUAUUUUUACCAAUUUUUACCAUCUCUUGCCCUCCCAUCUGUCUUCUGCCCCAUUGCCCCAAUGUCUUUGCUGACGCUGCCCAACUGAGGUAAUACCGUCUUCCCUAUCUUCCCUGGACAUAGUUUUGAAUACCAACUGGACCUCACAGCUCUUGUAAUGAUAAAUUCUAUCCAUUGUAUGUUACGGAGUCCUUGGGUGGUACAAAUGGUUAACGCACUUAACUGGUAACUAAAAAGUUGGAGGUUUGGGUCUACCCUCGGAAGAAAGUCCUGACAAUCUACUUCCUAAAAAUCAGCUAUUGAAAACCCUACAGAGCACAGUUCUGCCCUAACACACAUGAGGCAUUAUGAGUCAGAGUCAAUGGGGCAGCAACUGGUGGUACUGUCUGUUAUAUCCUUGACUAGACUCUUCAAAAGUGUCCAUCCUUUCAUCCCUAUAGCAGUUGUGCAAUUUAGGACCUUCAAUACCAUUUUAUAGGUGAGAAAGCUGAGGCCCCGGCAACUAAGAUGUAUGUUCUGUUCAGCCACUCACUGUGGGCUCAGCACUGGGGUGGGCUUCCAGAGGGUUAAGAAGUGACAGGACCUCCAGGAGCCUCAGAAUCCAGGCUGGGGGGAGGUGGACGUAGCCACAAAAACCAGAGAUGCAAGACGCAGUGUGGCCAGUGCUCUGAGAUACCAGGAAAACAACAGAGACCCAGCAGGAGGUGCUCUGAGGUCAUACCCCACGAUAGAGGCCCCAACGGGGAGGAGGAGGGCAAGGCUGGCAGUUGCUGACCCUCUACUAAACCGCCGGUAUGCUCUGCUGAGCACUUCCCAUUUGUUAUCUCACGGGAUAUUCAUUACAACCCCAUAUUACAGGUGAGGAAAUGAAGACUCAAAAGAUUAGGUGAAUUUCUCAUUGUCUUAAAACUGGUAUGGAACAAGGAUUCAAACCCAGGCUUCCUAACCUCCAAGCCCUGCGUUUUGAAUUUCAUCAGGCUGCCUGCUGGGUGAAGACUGGAAAGAUGGAGGGAGGGAUAGAAAACCCUGGUUGGGCAAGGCAUAGGGUAGGGCCUCUUCCUGGUUGACCAGGGCCUUAGCCAUUAUUUGUCAAUUGAGACUCUUAUUUAAAAUGAAGAUUUGCCAAAGAGGGGUUACAAAAAUUGUGGCCAAUUUGGAGAGUUUAUGUGUCAUCAAUGAACACAAAAUAAUGCGAUGUGAUUGGGCUAUUUGAAAAGUCAUUUUAAGCCCGACAAAUGAUCAAGUCUGGGCCCUACAGGUAGUGUGGUCCUGUGAUGGCAAGAAGCUUUCAAAAGGAGAGGACUGUACUCCCUGGGUUCUGGGAUUUCUCUGUGACUGGGGGAAUAGCAUCAUCUGGAAAGAAAGUCAGGUGUCUAGAUCUCAGGUCCUUUGUGAAUAAUAGUCCUGGGCUAGAUAUCCCCCUUUACUGUACCCCUUCCCCCUAUAAGAGGCUCUGCCUCUGAUAAAGUGAAUGGACAGGGCAGGCCAGGAAAGGGCUCAGGGUGCCCGUCAGGCACACUAGGUGGCGCUCUGACAUUGGCCAAUCCUCCCAGCACUUGGGUGUGCUGUGGCCAGAGGGCAGGACGGGGAGCGGCUUUGAGGGGAAGCAGGGACCUGACACCAGGGUUAGGCGAAGGGGCAGUGGAGGUGUUAGAAGCCAGGCUGGUAAGCAGGGCACUGCCCCUUCCAACUGUGACCAGGUAUGUGCCAUCUCCUCCUGGUCAUUAAUGGGGCCUGAACGGUGGGGGCUGAAACAGUAGCUGUGGGAGGGAGAGAGAGAACAGAGGGCCUGGACGGGGGGUGGAUAGAGGUGAAGGUGGGGCCACAAUGGCAGGGCAGGGCCGAGCAGCCCAGCACUGUGUGGGUGCCCUGAGCUGGGUGAGGGCAUGAGGAAGUUGUCAUCUCACCGACCACUGAAGCCCAGAGUUCUAAACCCGGAGUCGCCUAGGGGUGGUGUGAGUGGGCUGGGGUCGCGGUGGUGGGAGAGGGAGAUAAGAAGCUCAAGGAGCUUACCUGUAAUGCCUCCAGCUAUUAUUAAUGGAGGCCCUGGGGGCUGUUGGUAAGGUAACAGCCUGGUUAUAAGGGCGGGACACAGGUGCAGGACUCAGAGGCCUCAGAUUCUUGCCCCUGUUUAGCUGUGUCCUAGCCUCGUGCCCUUGGGCAAGUCACCAAGCUUCAUUCUUUGUGAAAUGGAGAUAAUAAUAUCAUCUGUCAGAGUUGUUGGGAAACUUAAAUGAGAUCAUGUGCAUGGAGGCACUCAGUAUGCCAAACAUGAGGUGUCUUUCCAUGUUCUGUCUGUUCGCAAAAAAGGCAGCUUGCUUCUCUUCGCCGCCCGCAGGUCACGGCAAGUACUCAGUGCUGUUGACUGAUUAACGCCUGGGGUUGGAGGCAGCUGGAGUUGACAGCAUCCCAAAGGGACCUCCAAAAUCUCACCCCAUAAGGGACCAUCCUUGAAAGACUCCUGCGCUCAGAAUUUAUUUAGCAUUUUCCCUUUUUGAAAAUACACAUCUUGGAGCUGGCCUGACCACUCCACAUGUCUGUCCUGAAUCUUGCCCCUUGUAGGCCUCUCUCCGUAUCUGGGGUUCUGGGGGAUCUAGAGGAAAGGGACCUGCAGGACUCCCUUGCGGAAGAAGGAAGUAAAGAGGCAGACUUACCCCAGGGCCUCUUUUCCAACAGUCUGCUUGCCUAUUCCCUCAUAUCUGGCACAGUGGGGAAACUGAGGCAAAGGAGAGUCUUGGGGACAAAUCACAAAUCCCUGAAUGCUGGUAGGUGUGGAAGUUAGGUGGUAAAUUGACUUCCUAGCCUCCUUGGGGGGCUUGAGAGAGCCUGGUACCCUGAACUCCUGGGGCAGAUGUUGGUUGGUUGACUGGGGACCUGGAAGGAGUUUGGAGAGAGACAGAAAAGAUCUGGGACAAGUAAGUCAAGGGAAGGGGUAAUGGGAGCAGCCUUAUUCAGCUGACAACCAUUCUACAAAUGUUUAUUGAGCACCUAAUGUGGACUAGGACCUGUAUUAGGUGCUGGGUACUCAACGAGACCUAGACAGAUAAGGUCUCCACUCUUGAGAAGGCCCUAUCCUUCCCUCUGGUAGAGGAGACUGUGGUUGGGGCCUGAGUCCAAGUGGCUUCUGUAAAUGGACUAACCUCUCUAUGUCCCUGUUUCUUCAUCUGUAAAAUGGGAGUAAUAGUAAUAUCUCUCUCAUGGGACUGUUGUGAACAUUAGCACCAGGCCUGUCAUUUACUAAAUGCGAGCUGCCGGGGUUGUUGUCACUAUUAUCCCAAUACCGAGCCUGGAUUUGUGCUUUGGGGAGUGUGGCCUUGAGCAAAUCCCUCACCUUCCUUGAACCUCGGGUUUCUCACCUGAGCAAUGGGUUCAUAACACCUGUCUGCCUACCUUCACAGGACCCUGCUCUGAGGCUUAAAACCAAUUGAGAUAAUGCAUGGGUAAGGGCUUUGAAACUACAUCAAUACACAGAUAGGAAGGGGUGAUUUAAAUGGUUUGGGGUGUGUGUGUGCAUCAAAGAUGGAACAUUUUUGCUCCAUCUUUCCUCAGGCCACCUGAGCUCAGGUAAGUUAUCAGAUGGACCUGUGACAGCCUGGACAAUUCAUGUCAGGACUUCUGCUCCUGGAGCCCUGGGGCUGGAAUGGAGGCGCUGGUGGAGGUUUGGAGAUGAGGGCCAGGGUGAGAGUUGCAGUGUUUCUCCAAAGGCUUUAGGGAAGUCAAGAAAUAAAUCUCAGAGACUGAGAUGGGAUCAGCGCUCCCCUCUUCACCUUCCCAACUCUGGGCUGGGAGCUGGGCAGGGCUGUCUGCAGAAGUCAGAUGUCCUCUCUCCCCUCUCUGAGCGUCCUCUCCCCACAGACCCCCUCCCCCACCAGGCCUAAUUCCUGCUGCCAAGCUACAGACCAACCCAGGGGAAAAUAAUACAGUCAGACUCUCUUCCAGAGGUUUCGAUGUCUGGGCCUCCUGGCUCCUCAUGCUGAGGAGUAGAAGGUGCCUGCUCACCUCCAUCGGUGCUCUUUAGUGCUUGGGACCCUGACCUGUCCACCCAACCAGUGGAUGAGUAGUGGAGCCCUGUGUGGUUCAGCUGAAGAAAGCAGAGAACCAGGAAAGAGGUUCCCAUCUCGAGGAUUAGGAUUGGUGGCAGUGGCAGCCAUAUACCCAUUUCUAACCUUCCUCUGCCCCAGGAAAGGGCAGUAGGAGGCAGUGUGGCAAAGUAGGAAAAGCAUGAGCAUGGGUCAACCAGCCUGGGUUCAAAUCCCUUGUAGUCAGGGUGUCCCAGGCAUGAUGGGAUCAACCUACUCUGUUGGUUGAUAGGCAGCCUUCAUGGGAUAACCCAUGGGAGGUGCCUCAGACUAUGAAUUGUAAGCCCCAUCUAUAGGGUCAGUUAACUGGGAUGUAGGCAAUUUUGUGGCCUCCCAUACCCCCUCCCAACGCAACUGUUUUUCUCAGGUCGUUCAUUGAUUGAUUAUGUGAAAGGCAUCAUGAGAGAUGAGCAAGACACAGCUCCUGUCCUCGGGUAGGAUGCCAUCCAGUUGGAGGAUAGGAUUGGAGUGGAAAACUCCAGAGUAUAUUUCCUUUAAGGAGCUCUGGUGGUGCAAUGGUUAAGUGCUCAGCUGGUAAGUGAGAAAGGUUGGCUGUUGGAACUCACCCAGCGGCUCUUUGAGAGAAAGACCUGGUGAUCUGCUUCCGAAGAUUACACCUAGAAAACGCUAUGGGACAGUUCUGGUUUUUCAGAUGGGGCUGCUAUGAGUUGAAAUCAACUCCACACAACCUAACAACAACAUAUUUUCU